CUUGUGUCACGUGACCGCAAACGAUGGAGGCGGCCCAGAUGGCGUCUCCCAAGAGCGCCCCUAAAAACGCGCAGAUGAUGGCGUAGGUCCUCAAGGACAUGGGUAUCACCGAGUACGGGCCGUACGUCAUCAACCAGAUGCUGGAGUUCGCCUACAGAUACAUGACCACGAUCCUGGAGGAUGCCAAGAUCUACUCGAGCCAUGCCAAGAAGUCGAGUGUGGAUGCAGAUGACGUGCGCCUAGCAAUCCAGUGCCAGACUGACCAGUCCUUCACAUCCCCCCCACCUCGGGAUUUUCUGCUGGACAUUGCCUGGCAGAAGAACCAGACGCCGCUGCCACUGAUCAAGCUGUACUCGGGCCCGCGGCUGCUGCCUGACAGGUACUGCCUGACUGCCCCCAACUACCGCCUCAGAUCCCUGCAGAAGAAGGUCUCCUCCACAGCAGGCAAGAUCACAGUCCCUUGCCUGAGCGUGGGUGCUGUGAGCAGCAGGCCCAGCACUCCCACUUUGGGUACCCCCUCAGCCCAGACUGUGUCGGUGUCAGCCAAGGUGGGAGCGCCGGUGUCGCUGGCGGGGCAGCGCUUCACUGUCCAGAUCCCGUCCUCACAGCCCGCUGGGAAGUCAGCCACUCCCACCACUCCCACAGUGCAAAACGUCCUGAUCAACCCAUCCCUGAUUGGCCCCAAGAACAUCCUGAUCACCACCAACAUGGUCCCGCCCGAUGCUGCUGACUCCAACCCGCUCAAGAGGAAGCACGAGGACGACGACGACUAUGAUGCCUUGUGAGGGCUCACAGCCCUUCCCAUGGAAUUCAUGGAGUGCUUCCUGUGGGAUUUACAUGGACUCCAGAGGGUGGGAAUGGGUGGGAAGGCCCUGUUUGGGCCUCAGGAGUAUGGAAAUAAAGUGGAGAGUGUAACCUGGCCUUGGUGUCUUGUGCAAACACCUGGGGAAGGGGGCAGGGGUUUUCUAUAUAUUUUUAAUGUAUUUUAAUAUUAAUUUAUAUAUAAUUUAUAUAUAUACACCUAUAUAUACAUAUAUUGUGUAUAUAUAUAUAUAUUUAUGUUUCAUAUAUAUAUAUGUGUAUAUAUGUGUGUCCUAGGGUGACUUUAUGAUGCUUGUAUCCCCAAUUCUAUGUUUUGUUUAUGUUGGAUAUUGUGUUCUGUACCUUUAAGACUGCUUCUGAGAGUGAAGGGGGAAAAGAGACUGCCAAGUUUGUUUACAGAAACCGCUCUCACUCCUCCACAUUCUGCUUCUGGACUGUGUUGCCUGCAGCACGGACAGACAGUGGGACAGAGAUUGCCUUUGCUUUUAGUUAGUUUUAGCUAGCUGAGGCAGAGGAGUUCCUUGGACUGUUUUGAUUUUUUUUUUUUUCCUUUCCUUUUUCUUGGAACUGUUCAAACCUCCUCUGGACUGAAAACCCAGAAGAGCACUGGGAGCUCACACCUGUGGCCCACUGGGGCCUGGGCCUCGGCAUUUUCCAGCGCUGGAGGGAUUGAUAAGAGACUGAGCGAGCUGAGCUACACUCUACUAUGGACUUUUUGAAUUUGCCAUCUCUUCGAACAGUGAGAGGUUUUAUUGUUUCAUAUUAUUCUUUUUUUCGUGCUUGUGGAUACUUUGCUUGUUAAAUAAAUAGUUUUUUCCAGUUUUCUCCAAGGAAAUCUAUUCCCGAACCAGUUGGGGGAGGGGUCACUUGAAUUUGCUAUUCUGGAGGGACACCAUUCAGAGGUUUUCUCCCAAAUUUGCCAUAAACCAGGAGAGUGUGUUAGAUAUUUAUCAUAUACACACACACAUGUAAUUGCCUUGUACACUCAAAACUCACCCAGACACUUCUUUUUUUUAAUAUAUAUACAUUUGUCUAUACACAUACAUGGUUAUUUAUAUAUACAUGCAUAUUUGUGUACACACAUAUAUAAAAUUGUAUCGGAUUAUGUAACCUAAAAAUGUGUAUUCUAUUUCAUCUGUUGAAAACUGGUUUUUGGGAGAUGUUUUAUCCUUCUCUUGUAACUCCAGGGAGGAGGGGGUCUGAUGCCUUCUGAUAAUGGCCCAGCCAUUAAAACCAAGUAGGGCAGUGUUUCUUAUCUC